CUCGCGCUCUGCCCGUCGACGCCGAACUGCGUCGGCACGGCGGACGAGUUCAACGACACGCUGCACUACAUUCCGGCGUGGACGUACAACGACGAGGAGAAAAUCGCGCGCGGCGGCGCGGCGAAGACGACGAGCGAGGCGAUGCAGGAGCUCGUCGACGUCACGCUGACGACGGAUUGCGAUGGAUUCACGCCGACGAUCGUCGAGCGAACGGAUGAUUACUUGCGGUUGGAGUACAAGAGUAAAAUAUUUGGGUUCGUGGACGACGUGGAGUUUUGGUUCCCGAAGGAUGUGGGCAACUCGAAGUCGCGCGUAGACUACAGGAGCGCUUCGCGUUUGGGACAGAGCGACGGCGACGCGAAUCGCAAGCGCAUCAAGACGCUGCGGUUGGCGCUGAGUAAGUAUGGGUGGAAAUCG